GCUUCUCGACCUGCCGUACCACAUGAGCGAUGCAAAAAGACGGGGUCGUCUUCGCCGACAUUGGCGCGUAAGCUGCCCGCGUAAGGCCGCGCGUGAGCGCCCUCGUCUCCACUGCAGCGUGCCGCGCCGGCGGCCCGCGCAAACCGCGGCGUAAGGCCGCUAUGCCAUCUGGCCUAGGACCCGUUUUUGAUCGUCGCUCUCAUCACCGCCUGCCUCAUCGGGUGCGAGUCGGGCGUCGAGUUCUUCGACGCACUGACGGAGGCGAUGCCAGGAUUCCCUACGAACGGCGCGGCCUCGAGCCCCGCGCGCCGCGACAAGUACCUGAUGGGCGAGUGCGUCCGGCGCGCAGGUCUUCGCGCGGUCAAGCAGCAGGAGUGCAGGGUCUGGCGCGGGGAUGCCGCGAACUUUGUCUCGGAGCUGGGGGUGCGCGAGGACGACCCGGCUGGUCCCUGGUGUGUGCUGAAGCCUACGAAGUCCGCGGGCACGGACGGGGUGUUCAUAUCCAAGACCGUCAAAGAUGCCAGGGAGUGCUUUGACAAGAUCUUGGGGGCGGCCAACGUCUUCGGGGAGUCCAACCAGACCGUCCUCGUGCAGGAGUUCUUGAAGGGCACAGAAUACGUGAUUGACUCGGUGUCCCUGGAAGGGCAGCACAAGUGCGUGGCCAUCUGGGAGUACGACAAGAGGCCGUGCAACGGCGCGCAGUUCGUGUAUUUUGGCAUGCGCCUCUACCAGUCCGCCGACGGCGCCCGUGAACGGACAAUGGUGGACUAUGUGCACAAGGUUAUCGAUGCACUCGGCGUGCGGCACGGACCUACACAUGCAGAGGUCAUGUGGCUUGACGGGGAGGGCGCGCCAUGCCUCGUUGAAGUCGGCUGCAGGCCUCAUGGCGGCGAGGGUACCUUUGUCGAUCUUGUAGAGCCGGUCAUCGGCUACAGCAAGAUUUCCGUCAUGCUAGACGCAUUCGACAAAGCCUACCGCUUCAAGCGCCUGCCGAAUCUGCCCGAGAAGUUCGAGGGUGGCUCCAUGGAGGUGGACCUGGUGUCGCGACAGGAGGGCGUCCUGGCCGGCUACCCGCUGCUUGGGCAGGUCAAGCGGCUCCGAUCUUUCCACACGAUCGAGAUCAAGACACCCCUGGGCGCUCGGCUCGAGAAGACUGUGGACUUCAUGACGACCCCGGGCUGCAUCAACCUCGUGCACAGAGACCGCCGCGUGGUGGAGGAGGACAGGGCCUGGAUCGAGCGCGCCCAGGAGGAGGGGCGCUUCUACGCCCUCGCCGACCCCGGCCUCCUGAAGGCGCAGAGCAAGAGCCACGGGCACCCCGAGACCUCCCAGUACUACAUGUCGCCCGCCCGGCCGCCGGAGAGGCAGGCCACCGCCUGAGCGGCUCCGGAGGCCGCCCGCCUCUCGAGGAGCGGCACCUGGGAGACCCCGCCCGGAGGCGCGCGCUCGAGGCGUCCGAGCCCCCGCUCGGCUUGAGGAGGCGGCGCUGCGGGCGGGCCCGCUCGGCGGGAGGCCGCGCGGGCGGCGCGCGCGAGGGCAGGGCCGGCCCGUGGCCAGCUCCUGGCCGCC